GCUAGUUCAAAUCUCAUGCCCAACCUAAUCUAUCCCAACCCACGCCCACAAACCCCACCUGACUCUAACCUAAUUUACAUGAACCCAAUUAGCCAAGCUUAACAAACUAACCCAAGGCCCAACCUAACUAAACUUCAACAAACCCUGACCUAAUCCUUGCCAAGCCUAACCUUGACCAGGGUCAAAUCCAAACAAUGAUCCCCCUCUUUGGUUCACAACAAAGGGAGAGAAAAUGAAAGAAAUGAAUAGAAGAUGAGAGAAGAGAUGGAGAUUGAGAGAGGAGAGCUGAACUUUGUAAGAUCCAAACUUGGAUCUAGAAGAAAAAGCAGCGAGUUUUGAGCUCUCUGCUCUGAUGCCUCAAUCGAAACCUAGAAAAGAGAGAGUGAGAAAGAUAUCAGAACCAGAGAGCAAGGCGGUUAGAAAGUGAAAAAAAAGUGCGAAAAAAACAAAAAGUGAAAACCAAUGGCUGACCAAUUAGUGGCAAACCACCUGGGGCCAUGGCGGGAGCUGAAGGGCAAGGUGGUGAUGGUCACCGGAGCUUCAUCGGGCCUUGGCCGUGACUUUUGUCUUGACCUCGCUAGAGCUGGCUGUAGAAUUGUGGCUGCUGCCCGCCGAGUGGACCGCCUCAAGUCUCUCUGCGACCAAAUCAACCACCUCUCUUCUUCUUCUUCUUCUUCGCCAGCUGUCGGAGCUGUUGCUAUUGAGCUCGACGUCACUGCCAAUGGUCCUACCAUCGACGCCUCCAUACAGAAGGCCUGGGAGGCAUUUGGCCAUAUCGAUGCCUUGGUUAAUAACGCUGGCAUUAGGGGCUCUGUGAAGUCUCCAUUGAAUAUAUCUGAGGAGGAAUGGAACGAUACUGUCAAAACGAACCUAACAGGAUCGUGGAUGGUGUCAAAGUAUGUGUGCAUACGAAUGCGCGAUAUGAAUCAAGGGGGAUCCAUCAUCAACAUUUCUUCUAUUGUAGGCCUUAAUAGGGCGCUGCCGCCUGGAUCUGUUGCCUAUGCUUCUUCAAAGGCAGGCGUGAACACCAUGACAAAGGCAAUGGCGAUUGAAUUGGGGGAGCACAAAAUUAGAGUGAAUUCAAUAUCCCCUGGACUGUUCAGGUCCGAGAUAACAGAGGGCCUUAUGCAGAAAGAUUGGCUUAAUAAGGUGGCCAUGAGAAUCGUGCCCUUGAUGACGUUUGGAUCAACAGACCCUGCAUUGACAUCUCUCCUUCGAUAUUUGAUCCAUGACUCUUCUGAAUAUGUAUCUGGCAACGUUUUCAUCGUCGAUGCAGGUGUUAGCCUCCCCGGUGUUCCCCUCUUUUCUUCCCUCUAAAUUUCCUACUUGUGUUUUUUCUAGUUGAGUAGUGCAGCAUUAUUAGCAAUAACAGUACCACACAUGAUCAGACCGCAAAGGAUAGCUCAUCAGCAAAUAUUGAAGAUGUGCCAAACCAGAAUCCUUCAGAAUAAUUUUCUGUUACAUGUGUCUUAUUUCUAUUUGUAAUACUGAAAUCUGUUACAAAAGAAUAUUCCAUCUUGAUGUAUAUAAAUAUCAUGUUUGUAUGGAAUAUUGAACAGAUGAGAAUGAUAUAAUUCCUCUCAAUGUUAUUUUGUUAA